AUGGCUGAGGUGAAGGAUUCGAGCUUAUUAAUCAAGGAUUUAAAGCCCAACAUGAAACGCGUAUGUGUGAUAUUCAUCGUUCUCGAAAUAGGCUCUCCAGUUCGCAUAAAAGAUGGAAACGAAGUUCGGACGGUUAAAGUUGCUGAUCGCACGGGAUGCAUCAAUAUGUCUGUUUGGAACGAAAAGGGGAAUUUGAUAGCUCCUGGCGAUAUUAUCCAACUGACUCAAGGGAAUACGACUGUUAGAAACGGCUGCCUCACACUGAAUGUUGGUCGGUACGGCGAAUUGGUGAAAACGGGCGAAUUUUGUCUAUUGUUUUCUGAACAGCCCGACUGUAGCGCCUACAAUGAGAACUGGGUUAAGCUUCUGCGCAGUUCCUAUUUACUUAGUGGAUCUACCACCGAUCGCGAUAAUGUGCUGCGGCUUCUGUUUCGGCAAAUUCAGAAACCUCAUUCUCGAAUUCGGUGUAAUGUUGUCAAAGUAAUCAAAUUCUUGACUACCGAGACCCUGCAAGGAUCACUGGCUGUCGAGGUUCAGGACAAUAUUCUGCUGCAUUUGCAGGACAUUCUGCCCUUCUGUAUUCCCACCACAAGCUUUGAUGAAGCGCUACCACCACCAGAAUCAGCUGCCAUUGAAAUGCAGAAGGAAAUGCUCGAAAUGUUGUUUCGGUGGGAACGCAAGGGUGUUUGUGCCACACUUAGUUCACAAGCAUGGGGUCAGCUCGCCUCUGUUAUGCGGUACUUACGCACUCCUCUUAAACAGAGCGGUGGAACGGUCCGUUUAAAAAAUGCAGCUCAUAUGUUGGAAGCACUGGAACGGGAGGAGAACCAGCGGCAUAGAAGAGCUCAAAUGGCAGAUGCUGUAAUUCGGCGUCGGGUGCUCGCGGCUAGGGACGCUUAUCGAGAACAUCACCAAUUUAUUGCCGAGAAUCUGGAAUCUUUGGAAGGCGUUUUGAAGCUACUAGUUCCCGAUCCCUUUCAUAUGGAGGACUUAACUGCCUCUGGGGCGUCCAGUCCAAGUGAUUAUCGAGAGCACGGUUUUCAUACUUCGGGAGAAGUGAAUAUCACCUUCUCCCUUAACUUCACAAGGGCAGCUGUUGAGUCUGAUUUGCUGCUUCCUGAAGUACAACUCAAACUGAAUGACGAUGUGCGAAUUUUACGGGAUUCUGGACGGGAAUUUACUAGUUUGGCGAUGAAGCACAGAGCAGUAGUGUCGGAGUACCUUGAGGCAUGUAUAUCUUUCGGUUAUGCUAGCUUGGAACUUUCAUCAAUCUUUACUGAUGACAAAGAAGAACUCGAACUUAUACUGGCUCGUCUGAAUAAGGCUGUGAAUCAAUUUUCUGCUGUGCAUUUCGUUGAGGAACUUUCGGAGGCUUCUACGACGGCAAUAGAAGAAGAGGUCGAAGAAGACGAUUUUGUUGAAGUCCCACCUCUCUCUCUUCCUUCCGAUCAGCGGAUCACAUUGACUCCUGAGAGAGAGGAAGUGGGGGAAAUUAAAAAAAAAGAUGAAGACCACAUUAAUAUGAAACCAUUGGUUAUUCUUACCGACAAGUUGCCCUGGGAGUUGAGAGGCCAUCCCUCUUCUUCGCUUUCAAAACACCUUCAAAAUCUUCAUCGUGGCGGGCCCGCACGACCUCUUGGAAAAUCAAGGAAGCAUCUGAAGGAACUACGGCGUGAAUUACCAGAAGGAUCAAUUAUCCUUCCUAGUGAGGAGACCGGAUCCCAAAAGCAGAGAGUUAGAUUGGAGUCAUUCCACCGAUUUUGGAAGCCCAUCGACGUGGCAGAGUUUGAAGCGCCUCAGAUUAACCACUUGGAAGCUGCUAUCUCUUUUUCUCCAUCAGUCGAUAAGCCUCUUCCCGUUAAAGUUGUCAGUGCGGAAGAGUUCUCCGAAUGCAUGAGAAUGGAACGUAUGGAGGAGGAUCAAUCAUGCCUUCACAAUAUCAACUUCUCUCAGGCAAUCACAAAGUCUCCGCAACCCGAUCAAGUGAACAGCAAAGCUGGAUGGCGUCGAGUUGUUGGGACUGCGAAACAACCUCUGAAGCACCGAAGACACCGGUGCUCAGAUCUUGUAGAUGUAUCAAAGAUAGAAAAAGCCGCCAUUCGACCGUUGAGGCAUCAACUCCUUCACUCGUGA